UCUUCAGAGCAUCCGUGGGCUGGUCAUGCCUGAUAAUCCCCUAUUCUUCAGAGCAGCCAUGGCCUGGUCAUGCCCAAUGUCAUCCCCAGGGAAAAAAAAUCCCCUAUUCUUCAGAGCAUCCGUGGGCUGGUUAUGCCCGAUAUAUCCCCUAUUCUUCAGAGUAUGCAUGGUCUGGUCAUGCCAGAUGUCAUCACUAGGGAAAAUAUCCCCGAUUCUUUAAUCUAUUCAUACCCGAUUUCCCUUAUUCUUUAGAAUGGCAUCAUGGCCCGGUCACGUCAGAUUCUAUUCUUGGGAGGGAAAUUUCAUAUAUGUCUUUUAUAGUUUGGGACUCCUAUACGGCUUGGCCUGCUUGCCAGCUCUGAAUGUGGGCCGAGUCGAGCGUGGCGAGAAGUGGCCGCCUGGUUUGAAGAGCCACUUUGUGGAGGUGGCAUUACGUCUGACAGUCUACACGUCGCGUCAGGCAAGGGGCCCGGGACCUUCAUGCACGAUACUCCAUCAAUAUAUGACGGGGUGUGCCGUGCAUGAAGGGUCACUGAUGCCAGUAGACGAUUGUGAAUGAGGGGGGAAAGUGAAAAUAUCGGAGACUACUGGCUUAGGAAUACUACUGGCUUAGGGAGACUGCUGGCUUAGGGAGACUGCUGGCUUAGAGAGACUGCUGGUUUAGAGAGACUGCUGGCUUAGAGAGACUACUGGUUUAGAGAGACUGCUGGCUUAGAAAGACUGCUGGCUUAGGGAGACUGCUGGUUUAGAGAGACUGCUGGCUUAGAGAGAAGCAAUGCUAAGUUCUGGUGCACUGUACAUAA